AUGCUGUACUCGUUAGCUGACGUACUUGCUGUCGCCAAGACACAUCCUUUUUACUCUGAUGCCAAAUACCCACCAACUGAUGAAGCUAUUCGCGCCGCUCGUGAGAAAGCUUCUAUUCAGAAUUCGCAGCCCAACUACCUGAGUAGAAGUUUGAUCAAGCCUCUCUUUAAUCUUUUCCCAUUCACACAACAGGAGACGUCUACAUUGACACCAGGAGAGGCUGAACUGAAAGCACGACCUUUGCUUCAUAAGCACGAUCUAUACGAUGUAAUUGAGAAGCUAGUCAACGAUGUCAGCCCAGAAAAUACAUACCGUCGCAAUGUCUACACGAGUGUCACGGGCGGUGGCAGCACUCUAUCAAGACCCUUGUUCUUUGCGACCGACGCCCUAGAAAACCGUCGUCAUAGAGCUUACUUUGGAGAAUUCUUGAACAAGACUGGUCUCAUUGAGAGUGGUGACUGGGUUGUCACGAUACACUGCGGAGGCAGUCUCUACAGAUCGUUGGACCUAACGCUAGAGACUAUGGAGAACGCUGGUGCAUCCGUUCUUGCAGCUGGGAGUUAUAGCAAACCCUUCGAAACUGUUGACCUGUUGAAAGAGUUCAACGUGAAUGUCCUCACGGGCGAUGGAAGUCAGAUCAUGGCAGUGAUCCAUUACAUCUCAACCUUGAAGAAAGAGGACAUGGAGAAGAUAAAACUGAACAAGGUCAUCUACACUUCUGAAGCACUCACGGUGGCUCAAAAAGCACACAUCUACGACGUCCUUGGUCCCGUCAAGAUCUGUUCCGUAUUGGGUAGCGCAGAGGCUGGUCCGUACGGAGUAAGUACACCAGAACUUACUCCUUCUGAGCCAGGCGCGACAUACAACGACUUCAUCAUCGACACUCGCAUGACUCUGAUUGAGAUUCUGCCAAUUGACUAUGCCGAGAACAAAGACAUCCCAGUCCCAGAUCUUCUUCCUGAAGGAGAGACAGGUGUGAUUGCACAAACCGUACUGACACGUCUGCGCAAUCCUGUGGUACGGUAUGUCACCGGUGACGUGGGAUCCCUCCAUCCUCUCCCCGAACAAACACGCUCCCAGAUCCCCCAAUCUGAUCUACCCUACCUCCGCGUCCUUCGUUUACAUGGUCGCGACCGACGCUUCAGCUUCAUGUGGGAUGGCUUCGACACCAGGUUUGACAACCUAGCCACACUGCUCUCUGAAGAACAGUACGGAGUUCUCCAAUGGCAGGUGAUUCUAAGCAAGAUGGAGCCGUCCUUAGAGGCGUUCCUCGAGAUUCGUCUACUGUGCAAAGAGGAUGAGGCCUGUAGACAAGCUGCUCUGGCUCGCUUGAACACGUUUCUCAAUAUUUAUCCUCCCAAUGCGCACAAGUUCAAAGUUACUUUUGUUGAUGGUCUCAACGGGUUUGAGUUGAGCAAGACGGGACAAAAGGUGAUCAAGUUUAUUGAUCGGUCUGCAUAG